UGAAGACUCUAGGUCCUUUGUGGGGCCUGACAGUCAAGCCAAGCGACAGAAGUGCCCUAGAAAGUGCCAAUGGGCCGUUCGUGUCUGUUACACAUCUCUGAGAGUUUCGUCCUUUAAACUUCUGACCUGUUCCAGGGAAUAAAAUUGCCAGGCUUCCCAGAUGUGUGGAACUGUCCCUGGAUCUACAGCUUGUUGCCGCUGUUUUCUUUCUACCUUCUGAGAGACCCUGAAACCCUUGCCAUGGAAAAGUACCACGUUUUGGAGAUGAUUGGAGAAGGCUCUUUUGGCAGAGUGUAUAAGGGCCGAAAAAAAUACAGUGCUCAGGUGGUGGCCUUGAAGUUCAUCCCCAAACUGGGCCGCUCAGAGAAAGAGCUGAGGAAUCUACAACGAGAGAUUGAAAUCAUGCGGGGUUUGUGGCAUCCCAACAUUGUGCAUAUGCUUGACAGUUUUGAGACUGACAAAGAGGUGGUGGUGGUGACAGACUAUGCUGAGGGAGAACUCUUUCAGAUUCUGGAAGAUGAUGGAAAACUUCCUGAAGAUCAGGUUCAGGCCAUUGCUGCCCAGUUGGUGUCAGCCCUGUACUACCUGCAUUCUCACCGCAUCCUCCACCGAGACAUGAAACCUCAGAACAUUCUCCUCGCCAAGGGUGGUGGCAUCAAACUUUGUGACUUUGGAUUUGCCCGAGCUAUGAGCACUAACACCAUGGUGCUGACAUCCAUCAAAGGCACACCACUCUAUAUGUCUCCAGAACUGGUGGAGGAGCGACCAUAUGACCACACUGCAGACCUCUGGUCUGUAGGCUGCAUCCUGUACGAGCUGGCUGUAGGCACACCUCCCUUCUACACCACCAGCAUCUUUCAACUGGUUAGCCUCAUUCUCAAGGACCCGGUGCGCUGGCCCUCCACCAUCAGUUCCUGCUUCAAGAACUUCCUGCAGGGGUUGCUCACCAAGGAUCCCCGGCAGCGUCUGUCCUGGCCAGACCUCUUGCAUCAUCCCUUUAUUGCUGGCCGUGUCACCAUAAUAACUGAACCAGCAGGCUCAGAUUUGGGCACCCCAUUUACGAGUCGCCUACCUCCAGAACUCCAGGUCUUAAAAGAUGAACAGGCCCAUCAUCUGGCACCCAAGGGUAACCAGUCUCGCAUCCUGCGCCAGGCCUGUAAACGCAUGGCUGAAGAAACUGGGCAGAAGAAAGAUCAGAAUGCAGGACCUGCCCUUGAACCAGAAGAUAGGCCCAGCAAGAUGACUUCUAGCACAACCCCUGUGCCUGGACUAAAGGCCCCUCCUCAGGAACCAAGCCUCUUGGCUAGUAUAUUGGACUCAGAAAUGAAGAGCAACUGGGAAGACUGGGGGGCUGGAGAAGCACCCCCAACACCUCGGGAAAACCACAUCACCUUGGAGUGUAAACAAGCAUUCCCAGAGCUGAGGCCAGAAAUGAUGGGCCAGCAGAACACUGACGCAAUGGAUCUAGAAAAUGAGGAGCCAGACAGUGAUGACGAGUGGCAAAGGUUCCUAGAGACUACUGAGCCUGUGCCGGUGCAGCUGAAGGCCCCUCUCACUCUGCUGUGUAACCCUGAUUUCUGCCAGCGCAUCCAGAGUCAGCUGCGUGGCACUGCUGAGCAGAUCCUGAAAGGCACCCUAGAGGGGGCUUCCAACCUGCUUCCCGUACUCCGUGUCCUGAGCAGUCUCCUGUCCAGCUGCAGUGACUCUGUGCUCUUGUAUUCCUUCUGCCAGGAGGCAGGACUGCCCAGGCUGCCUCUCAGCCUCCUUAAACACAGCCAGGAGAGCAGCAGUAUCCAGCAGCAACCUUGGUAUGGGGCCUUUUUACGGGACCUGGUGGCUGUGGUUCAGGCCUACUUUUCGUGCGCCUUCAAUCUGGAGAGGAGCCAGACAGGUGACAGCCUACAGGUGUUUCAGGAGGCUGCCAGCCUCUUUUUGGACUUGCUGGGGAAGCUGUUGACCCAAUCAGAUGACUCCGAGCAGACAUUUCGGAGGGACAGCCUUAUGUGCUUUGCUGUUCUGUGUGAAACCGUGGAUGGUAACAGCCGGGCCAUCUCCAAUGCCUUUUACUCCAGCCUGUUGACCACACAGCGUGCUGUGUUGGACGGGCUCCUUCAUGGCCUAACGGUCCCACAGCUUCCUUUCCACACACCACCAGGAGCCCCACAAGUGAGCCAGCCACUGCGGGAGCAGUGUGAAGAUAUACCCGGAGCCAUUUCUUCUGCCCUGGCAGCCAUGUGUACCGCUCCUGUGGGGUUGCCGAGCUGUUGGGACGCCAAGGAGCAGGUUUCUUGGCAUUUGGCCAAUCAGCUGACUGAGGACAGCAGCCAACUGAGGCCAUCCCUGGUCUCUGGUCUGCGGCAUCACAUCCUAUGCCUCCACCUUCUCAAGGUCCUCUACUCCUGCUGCUAUAUUAGUGAGCACCUAUGCCAUAUUCUGGGCCAAGAGCCCCUGGCCUUGGAAUCAUUGUUGAUGUUGGUCCAGGGCAAGGUAAAAGUAGCAGAUUGGGAAGAGUCCACGGAGGUGGCACUCUACCUCCUGUCCCUUCUUGUCUUUCGGCUCCAAGAUCUUCCUUCUGGAAUGGAGAAGCUAGGCAGUGAGGUGGCUAUUCUUUUUACCCACUCACAUGUCGUCUCCCUUGUGAACGCAGCAGCCUGUCUCUUAGGACAGCUUGGUCAGCAAGGGGUGAUGUUUGACCUCCAGCCCCAGGAGUGGAUCGCAGCAGCUGCGCAUGCCUUGUCUGCCCCUGCAGAGGUCCGGCUGACUCCACCGUGUAGCUGCGGUUUCUACGAUGGCCUCCUCAUUCUUCUGCUUCAGCUCCUUACACAGGGGAAACCUGGCCUGAUCAGGGAUGUGGCUGCUUCCGAGGUGUGGACCAUUCUAUGGCACCGCUUUUCCAUGGCCUUGAGGCUACCUGAGGAGGUGACUGUACAGGAAGAUGACCUAUCACCGUCAAGUCCACCCAGCCUAGAGCCUGACUGGACCCUGAUUUCACCCCAAGGCAUGGCAGCCUUGCUGAGCCUGGCCAUGGCCAUCUUCACUCAGGAACCCCAGUUAUGCCUGAGCCACCUGUCCCAGCAUGGAAGCAUCCUCAUGUUGACCCUGAAGCACUUGCUUUCCCCCAGCUUCUUGCAUCACCUGAGCCAAGCGCCUCAGGGGCCUAAGUUCCUCCCUGUGGUGGUACUCUCUGUGUGCCAGCUGCUCUGCUUCCCUUUCGCCUUGGAUGUGGAUGCUGACCUCCUUGUGGGCAUCUUGGCCGACCUCAGGGACUCAGAAGUUACAGUCUACCUGCUGCAGGUCUGCUGCCACCACCUUCCACUGUUACAAGCAGAGCUGCCCAUUGGCCUCCUUACACGCCUGGCCCUCAUGGAUCCCACCUCUCUCAAGCAGUUUGUGGAUACAGUGGCUACCUCUUCUAGAACCAUCAUGUCAUUCCUCUCUAUUGCUCUACUGAGUGAUCAGCCCCUCAUGAUCUCUGACCUUCUGUCUCUGUUGACCCACACAGCCCGGAUACUAUCCCCUAGCCACUUGUCUUUUAUCCAAGAGCUCCUAUCUGGCUCUGAUGAAUCCUAUCGGCCAUUGCGCAACCUCCUGGGCCACUCAGAGAACACCGUGCGGGUCCGUACUUAUGGGCUUCUGGGACACUUGUUACAACACAGCAUGGCCCUACGUGGGGCACUACAGAGCCAGGCUGGACUGCUCAGCCUUCUGCUGCUAGGGCUUGGAGACAAGGACUCUGCCGUGCGACGCAGUGCCAGCUUUGCUGUGGGCAAUGCAGCCUACCAGGCUGGUCCCUUGGGACCUGCUUUGGCAGCUGCAGUGCCCAGUAUGACCCAGCUUCUUGGAGAUCCUCAGGAUGGUAUCCGGCGCAAUGCUGCAUCAGCUCUUGGCAAUCUGGGACCUGAAGGAUUGGGCAAGGAACUAUUACAGUGCCAAGUACCCCAGCGGCUCCUAGAAAUGGCAUGUGGAGAUCCUCAGCCAACUGUCAAGGAGGCUGCCCUCAUUGCGCUCCGGAGUCUCCGACAAGAGCCCUGUAUUCAUCAGGUGCUGGUGUCCCUGGGUGCCAGUGAGAAAUUAGCCUUGUUGUCUUUGGGGAAUCAGUUACUGCCGAAUAGCAGCACCAGGCCUGCUUCUUCCAGACAUUGCAGGAAACUCAUCCACCUCCUGAGGCCAACCCACAGCCCAUGACCCCCAGGCUCCUGGGGUUCUUCUUCCAGCCUGCACUAUCCCUCUGUUGCCAAGUCUUCCUUAUUCUCCUACCCAAGCUACUAACUCAGCAGAGAGCUGAAGAGACUGAAAAAAGAGUGAUAAGCUGCCAACUCCCUAUGAGCAAGAAACAAGAAGAGAUUUUCAUAUUAAAGCUCCUUCAUUUCCCUA